AUGACCUCGCUCGUAACAAACACUGUUCCCUGGCACGAGGGCGAGGAGAGAUUACACCACUGGCUUCGAGUCCCGCACGGCGACAACCCGGGUGUGCCGUACUUGAGCACUAGAGCUGCAUUUCUUGUUCAACAAUGCCCGCUGGUUGCCUUGGGUACAUUAGAUUCCCAAGGCCGGCCAUGGUCAACAAUAUGGGGCGGCAAAGUGGGCUUUGCAAAGCCAGUUGCCGAAUCCUUAAUUGAUCUUCGGACACAAGUGGACAGCAAAUACGACCCCGUUGUACAGGCUUUGCUGACCGGCAAUAAAACUGAUGCAUAUACAGGAAAGAUGGUCUCAGGGCUGGCAAUAGACCUGGAGAACCGCCGGAGAGUGAAGCUGUAUGGCAGGAUGGUGGCAGGCUCGUUGUCUGACAGGGACGCUGGACAGGCACAGUUGGUUGUCCACAUCGAAGAGAGCCUGGGGAACUGCCCAAAGUACAUGAACAAGAAGCAUAUCGUACCAGCACAACCUGGUUCUAAGUUGAUCUCCGACUCGCCACAAUUGAAUUCUACUGCAGUUGAGCUGCUCUCUCGUGCAGAUACUAUGUUUAUAUCCUCAUCUCAUGGCUCAUCAACCAUGGAUACGAACACCCGCGGUGGUCCACCAGGAUUUAUGCGUGUUGAGUCCAACAAUGCUAGCGGUGCUGUUGUUGUUUAUCCCGAGUACUCGGGGAAUAGACUCUAUCAAACUCUGGGGAAUCUACAAACGACCCCGCUGGCUGGUUUCGUCGUUCCCGAUUUUGAUAGCGGCAACGUCCUUUACUUCACCGGCUCGACCGAAAUACUAGCCGGGAAAGAGGCAGAUGCCAUCCUCCCAAGAUCGAAUCUCGCCGUGCGAGUGACCAUUGCUGCUGCAAUAUUUGUUGAAAAUGGGUUGGGCUUUCGCGGUGAGGCCGGAGAUCCUUCUCCAUACAACCCCAGCGUGCGAUACCUCGCCCAUGAGAAACAAAUCCCUGGUGCCAAAGAAGAUAGUGGUUCAGAUUCUAUGGCAACAUUAAUAAAGAAAGAAGAAAUCACACCAUCUAUCCAACGAUAUCGGUUUCGCAUCUCCAGCCGCAAACCAAUUUCAUGGAGUGCGGGACAGUAUGUUACACUGUCAUUUGAAGAUGAGCUGAAUAUGGGCUAUAGCCACAUGCGAGAUGACGAUCCAACCAGUCUCAAUGAUGACUAUGUUCGAACUUUUACCGUGUCUUCGUACCCCGGUCGCAAUAUACCUGCUGAUCAAUUCGAGAUCAUGGUCCGACAACAUGGUCCCGUCACUAGAUAUCUCUCCCGAGUAAAUGAGCGAGCUGGCCUAGAAGUACCACUCAAGGGAUUCGGGGGAAGCUUCCAUGUGUCUGGAAAAUCCAUCGCCCCCUACGUGGCGGGCGGCAUUGGCAUCACGCCCCUUCUCGCACAGCUUCCAGAGUUGGAUAUCUCCCAGCUGCGAUUAUUCUGGUCAAUUUCGAUCAAUGACUUAGGGCUGGUUCAUGAUGUUUUCCAGCGGUGGCCUCAGUUGCCCCUGUCAACGACUUUGUUUAUCACCAAUAUGGAGCUCGAUGGAGCCGAUCGGCGGAUGCGGGACAUUCAGUCGUCCGGGGUGCGAAUGAUACGACGAAGAAUGCAGGCCGAGGACCUAGACCUUGCUCUAGCAGAUGUUUGGUAUCUCUGUGCGGGUGUUGCUUUGAAGCGGAUGGUUCUAAAUUGGCUGGUAGGAAAAACAGUGGUUUAUGAGGAUUUCAACUAUUGA